UCACUGUUCUCCGUACUUGUGUUGAGUAAGGUACGAACAAGUGGUAACAAUAUAGCAUGUGGACCUUUAGUCAGCGUACCUUUUUGCAAUUCUCAUUCGAUUUGAUGAUAAGCAGGUGAUGUAACACGAUGCAGAUGAGAUGAUAAACAAGAAAGAACUGUGAAGUGGUACUAAAAUCAGGUAAUUGUUAAUUUAAAAUGGCAGCUUCAAGCAGUUUCUGGCUUUAUUGGAACUGGGAAGACAUGUGUGGUCCUGGUGGAUUGACAUUGUGGUCUGUGGGCACCCAUGAUAUUGGAAUCUGUUUUCAAGAACUGUGUCUACAAGUGCCUGUAUUUAUUUUGAUGGCAACAAUUUCUGCGUAUUACUGUGGCAGACAGACUCAUUGGAUUGUUCGUAGCCGCAGACAGUUACAGAUAUUAGGACUGCGAGCUAUAGCAACUGUCCUCAUGGCGGUGGCUACUGUAGCAAGAAUCUGCACUGCAAUAGCAUUAAGUCCAGGUUCUUUGCAGCCAGUGGAUUAUCUCUUGGCUGCUGUUGAAGGAGUAACUUGGCUUGUGCAUCUUGGAUUUAUCCUAGCUUUGAGGCACCGUUUAGGGGUUUCAUUGCGAGGACCUUUUUCUAUUCGUAUAGUGUGGGCUUUGAAUUUUGCCCUGUCUGCAAUUUCUGUGCAUUCCCAUAUAUUAUUAUUGCAAAGUAUUCCUAUGCCUGAUUUAUUCAGAUUUAUAUAUAUCUCCAGUGGCUUCAGUAUUGCAGACCUAGUUCUCCAGUGUGUUUAUAUGAUCACCUUAUUUCCGAGUGAGAGAUCGUGGGAUGUUGGCAGAUAUGAAGGAUUUGAUCAGCAUUUUCACAAUUCUGAGAGCCAGAGUUUACUUGGAUCCCCUAGACUGGGUACAUACAGUCGUUUCAGGGAGGAGAGAGACCCUUUGUAUCUUGGUACUGCAAUGGAAAAUGCUCCAUUUUGUUCUAAAUUGCUAUUCCACUGGGUUACACCUCUGAUGGAGAAGGGUGCUAAGAAGAAGCUGGAAAAUUCUGAAGAUUUAUAUGAUCUUCCAGUCAAUUUGACUCCUGCAUAUUUAUGUUCUCAACUGGAGAUGGCAAUGGUUAUGACUUCAGUAACUAAGAAGCACUAUUCAGAUUCAGAUACUGCUGUAAAUGUUAAUGGCAUAACAGAAAGUGAACACGAGAUACCAGAUGUGACGUGGAGGAGAGCAGAAUCACAGAAACCAGUUUCACUUCUCCGAGCUCUUCACACUUGCUUUGGUAUUCAGUUCUACAGCAUUGGUGUCCUAAAGUUUAUGUCAGAUGUCACAGGCUUCAUGGGGCCUCUGCUCCUCAAUAAGUUAGUGACGUUCAUAGAGACAAAGUCAGAGUCAUUGCUUGAAGGGUAUUUGUAUGCUGCUGGUCUGUGUGCUGUCACUUUAAUAGUGGCACUGUGUGAUGCUCAUUUCAACUUCUUUAUGCAAGAAGUGGGCCUCAAGAUACGAGGAGCACUGGUGACAACAAUAUACAGGAAGACCCUUACUCUCAGCAGUAUUGAACUAUCAAAAUUCAGUAUUGGUGAGAUUGUGAACUUCAUGAGCACAGAUACUGAUCGGAUCGUAAACUCAUGCCCUAGUUUCCAUUCCUUCUGGAGUAUUCCAUUUCAGAUUGGUGUGUCAUUUUACCUGUUAUACACACAAGUUGGCCUAGCGUUUCUUGCUGGUGCUACUUUUACUAUUAUUUUGAUUCCAAUUAAUAAGUACAUAGCUUCAAAAAUAGGUGAGCUGAGUACAAAACUGAUGUUACAGAAAGAUGGGCGAGUGAAAGUUAUGGCUGAAAUUCUGCGUGGAAUCCGUGUGAUCAAAUUUCAUGUGUGGGAAGACCACUUUGUUGACAAAAUUGGAAAGCUGCGUGAGUUGGAACUGAAGUACCUGCGCGGUCGAAAGUACCUUGAUGCAUUGUGUGUGUAUUUCUGGGCUACUACUCCUGUUCUCAUCUCCAUUUUCACCUUUGUUACUUAUGUUCUUCUUGGCAACAAACUCACUGCUGCAACUGUUUUUACCAGUAUUGCUCUGCUGAACAUGUUGAUUGGGCCAUUGAAUGCCUUCCCUUGGGUUUUAAAUGGCCUUACUGAAGCUUGGGUCUCCCUUAAAAGAAUUCAAAGGCUACUGGAGCUAUACGACAUGGACCUUGAAAAUUAUUAUACUGCUCUACCUGAAGACAAUUCUGAACUUGUUGUCUUCAUUAAAAAUGGAUUCUUCAGCUACAGGUCAACUGAGAAAGAAAACCAAGUGUCACAGACUCAAACUCUUGAGGAAGAAAGUCAAGAUGUGCAGGCCCCUACUAAGUUCAUGCUUACAAACAUUACCAUUACAGUCACCAAGGGCCAGUUCAUAGGAGUGAUGGGUGCUGUUGGGACAGGAAAGUCAUCUCUGUUAUCUGCACUUCUUGCAGAGUUGAACAAGGAAUCUGGUAUCAUAGCACUAUCUGAUCUUGAUAAAGGUUUUGGGUUUGUUACUCAGCAGCCAUGGCUUCAGAGGGGCACUAUAAGAGAAAACAUCCUGUUUGGGAAAUCAUUUGAACACAAUAAAUACAAGUCCAUUAUUGAGGCAUGCUGUUUGGUAGAUGACUUCAAUAUGCUGCCUGAUGGUGAUAUAACAAGUAUAGGUGAUGGUGGGGUGACUCUCAGUGGAGGCCAGAAAGCUCGGGUGGCACUAGCUCGGGCUGUGUAUCAGGACAAGAAUAUUUACUUCUUGGAUGACAUCAUGUCAGCUGUUGAUGUGAAUGUGGCCAGGCACAUAUUUCACAAGUGUAUUAAUGGUCUUCUGCGCACCAAAACCAGAUUCCUCUGCACACAUCAUAUCCAGUACCUGCUCUGUGCUGACCAUAUUCUAGUUAUGGAAAAUGGUAGAAUAACACAACAGGGUAAACCUACAGCUAUUCUGUCUGAUUAUGAUGAUUAUCUCUCACCUUCUGAAUUUGACAUUGGUGAUUCAAGUUAUAGUCAUAAAGAGAAUGCUAAAAUUAUCAGAAGUGAUACUGAUACAGCAUCAAGUACAGACAGUAUUUUGGAGGAAGAGGAGAGAGAAGAAGGAAGUGUUCACAUGAAUGUUUAUCUGUCAUACCUGAGAGCAAUAGGAUACCUUCUUAGUGGAGCCAUUUUGCUUUCUAUACUUCUGAUGCAGUCCUCUAGGAACAUAACAGAUUGGUGGCUCAGUUACUGGGUGAACCAUGAUUCUGUAAAUGUUCACAAUGAAACCAACACCUCGCUCUUCAGUGUUGAAGCAUUGAUGAAUUCCAGUGAAGGGAGUGUUUCGUAUUACUUGACAGUGUAUGCUGUCUUUGCUGUUCUCAAUUCCGUUUUUACACUCUUCAGAGCAUUCCUGUUUGCUUAUGGAGGGAUACAUGCUGCUACAGAUGUUCAUAAGCAAAUGCUGAAAACUAUCAUUAAGGCAACUGUGACAUUUUUUGAUGUGUCACCUCUUGGUCGUAUUCUCAACAGGUUUUCCUCUGACACAUAUACAGUAGAUGAUUCAUUACCUUUCAUUAUGAAUAUACUACUGGCACAGUUCUCUGGACUAUUAGGCACAAUAAUCAUAAUGGUUUAUGGCCUACCAUGGAUGAUUCUUGUUCUUGCACCACUGGUUCCAGUUUACCAUUGGCUUCAAGAGCUGUAUCGACUGACUUCUCGGGAACUUAAACGACUGUCCAGUGUCACACUAUCACCUGUAUAUAAUCACUUCAGUGAGACCCUUUUGGGUUUACCUACAAUCCGAUCAUUACGAGCUGUUCCCAGAUUCAAGAGGAAAAAUGAAGAGAAUUUGGAAGCAAAUCAGAAGUGCCAGUAUGCAAGCCAGGCAGCUGGACGGUGGCUGGGUCUGAGACUUCAGUUCAUUGGAGUGGCCAUGGUGACUGGAAUUGGAGUGAUAGCUAUGUUGCAGCACCAGUUCAAUGUGGCAGAUCCAGGUUUGAUCGGGUUGGCUAUUUCGUAUGCUCUAGCAGUGACUGGUUUGUUGAGUGCUGUUGUCAAUGCAUUCACAGAGACAGAAAAAGAGAUGAUUGCUGUGGAAAGAGUAUGCCAGUACAUUGAUCAGAUUGAGCUUGAGAACAGUCGAGAGAUAAUUGCUCCUCCAUAUGCUUGGCCUAGUCAGGGGGUUGUCACUUUCACAGAUGUUGUGCUCAGAUACAGAGAACACUUGGCACCGUCACUAAAGGGCGUAAGUUUCACAACUCGUCCUGCAGAGAAGAUAGGUGUGGUUGGUCGAACAGGUGCUGGCAAGAGCUCUCUGUUUAUGGCCUUGUUCAGACUCACUGAACUCAGUGCUGGGGAAAUUCUUAUAGACACAGUCAAUAUUGCCCACAUUGGUCUUACAAGUUUGCGAUCUCGGUUUGCCAUCAUUCCACAGGAGCCUUUUCUUUUCUGUGGUACUGUUGGAGAGAAUAUUGAUCCACUGGAUGAGUACCGUGAUGCUGAGCUGCUUGGAGCACUGCAGCGAUGCCAUCUAUCUAAUGCAAUCAACAGAUUAGGAGGUUUAGGAGCCCAAGUAGGACAUGGGGGUCAUAAUCUGUCUGUUGGGCAGCGUCAGCUUCUCUGCCUAGUUAGAGCUGUACUUCAUAAUGCAAAGAUCUUGUGUAUUGAUGAAGCAACAGCAAAUGUAGAUGCAGAAACAGACCGACAUAUUCAGCGCACAUUGCGAACAUCAUUUCAGAAGAGCACUGUGAUAACCAUUGCUCACAGAGUGUGCACAGUCAUGGAUUCAGACAGAGUUUUAGUCAUGGGAGACGGUGAAGUACUGGAGUUUGAUUGCCCAGACGUACUGUUACAAAAUAAGGAAUCAUAUUUCUACAAGCUAGCUCACAAAGACUUUCAUUGAUGGUAUGUGGCAGGUAAUUCAGACGUUACAGGUUUGUGAAACAGUCUGUAGAGCUCCACAGAUUUAUCCUCGUACAAGCAUGAAGAAUAAUUUUGUUUUUCUUUAUUUAUACUGAUGUGAAGUGUGUAAGUUAUAGAGAUUAAGAUAUUUUGCCUUUCAGUGCAGAUAACUGGUAAGUGGAAUAGUUAUGUCAAUUCUGGUCACACGUAGACAGCCCUGCUCAGCUGGAAACUUGUAUUCUGCUUACCAUGUUACUCAGUGGCAAAUAAUUUGUGCUAUUUAUAGGCAUUAUUGAACUCUCUUUAGCGAGUGUUAUCCAUGCAGUGUUGAAUUACAAAUGAAACAAGAGAAAAUAAAUAAAGUAGUUGUAACUUGUCAGUUUCAUGUCUCUUGAAUCAGGAAUUGAUCUUCCAGUUAAGUGGAAGAUGCUAUUGUAUGUUUGUUUAAAUAUAAGGUUUUCCCCUCC